AUGACUGAUAAUGAGAAAAGGCUGAAGGUGCUAACAGAUUCGUUAAUGCAACUCAAUGUGAGUAUUGCGCCUGACCAGAGAAGAAAUUACGUGGUGUCAAAUUUGAACGUUUGUAAGUAUUCCAAAGAUAGUUUGGGAGAUGUCUCUGGAUUACGUUUGAAUAUUCAAACAAAAAAAGACAACGAAACAAAUGGUAAUCGCGAUGAGGAUGAUAAUAAUAACGGUCAAGGCCAGCAAUCACAUAAUGGAGUGAUUGCGAAUACGGCGCCAAUUAAAUCAAAGAUAACUAUGGCGCAUUCAAAAAUGCUUACAGGUCUAUCAGAUAGAGCGACUGAUUCACUUUUAGCCGUUUCGAAGCGAAAUAGCACUAAAGUGCAAAUUCGAUUCAAGUCAAUUGGGUCAAUAGGUCAACUUCGGCCGGCCGUUUUCAAGAUUUCAAGGAGUUCCCGUUUUCUUUCAAUAUUAAGGUUUUUAACAAGACGACUAAAGCUCAAUAAUGUCUACUGCUACUUGGAAAAUUCGAUUGUUCCAAGUCCUGAUGAUAGUAUUGGAAAUCUUUAUGAUUUGUUUAAAUCGGGAGAUAGCGAGUUGAUCGUUAGCUACUGCAAUAUUGUUGCUUUCGGGUAA